AUGCACAUACCUGCUUCCCCAGUGAACGAGAUGGAGUGCGGCGACAACCCACCCUCUUUAGCCUCCGAUGUACCAGAGGAGCGACCCAAGAGCCCUGCCAGCGACAGUGAUAUCCUUGAUGAUCACAUCAACCCCCUUAACUGGUCAUCAGUUAAGGUAAACUUUCAUAUUACUCUCGUCAGUCUUUUUGUACUAAAUGCCAACCUAGCCGCAACAAUGUUCGCCCCUGGAGCGGCUGAAUUGGCGAAAGAAUUCCAAAUUGUUAAUCCCACGAUUGAGGUCAUGACCGUCAGCCUAUAUGUUCUCGGAUUUGCCCUGGGCCCAAUCUUCCUGGCUCCCCUCUCGGAAUUAUACGGUCGGCUACCGAUUUACUACCGAGGAAGGGCAAUGGCAUUGCUCACCAUGGGGCCGCUAUUGGGACCUGUCCUUGGGCCUGUGAUUGGGGGCUUUGUAACCCAGUAUAUUGGCUGGCGUUGGACACUGAGGAUCAUCCUAAUAUUUUCCGGAGUGAUUGGGGCCGUUACCUUUGCUUUUAUGCGGGAAACAAAUACCCGUGUUCUUAUCCAGCACAAAGCAGCGCUGAUGCGUAAACAAGCUGGCAAUCCCAAUCUUUUGCCUAAGAUUAGGAAAGAGACUCCGCUAAAAGUACUCCGCCAUGCCAUUAUCCGCCCACUGAAGAUGUUGAUCUUCCUUCCAAUUGUUUUAUUGGUCUCCCUAUACACCGGUCUCAUGUUUGGAAUCGUUUUUUUGCUCUUUACUACCUUUCCGUCGGUGUUUAGUGGAGUCUACGGAUGGAAUGAAGGCGUCUCUGGCCUUGCAUAUCUUGGGCUCGGCAUUGGUAUGAUGCUCGGCCUAGUUCUCUUCUCCAUCCUUAGCGACAAGCUUCUCAAACAAAAACAGGCUUCAGGAAGCACAUCCUCCGACGACAUUAAACCUGAGCAGCGGCUUAUCUUGCUAAAGUGGUUUGGUCCUAUUACUCCACUCGGCUGCUUCAUGUAUGGGUGGAGUGCCCAGUAUCAUACCCAUUGGAUUGUACCGAUACUAGGGACUGGUAUUAUUGGGCUCGGAUCUCUGUUUAUUGUUAUACCAGGGCAGAUCUACUUGGUAGAUUGCUUUGGGGCAGAAGCAGCUGCGUCUGCAUUAGCUGCUAACCUGCUUGUACGCUCUCCUUUCGGUGCCUUUCUUGUCCUAGCUGCACCACCAAUGUACAAGAACCUGGGCUUGGGCUGGGGGAAUAGUGUGCUGGGGUUCAUUACCCUUGCCUUUACACCAGUUCCAUGGCUCCUCUAUCGCUAUGGCGAGGCCUUGAGACGCCGGUUCAAGGUUAACUUAUGA